AUGGCUGCUACCUCCCAGUUUGCCAGUCGAUACAAAAAGGAUUUGAGUACAGAAACCCUCAGAACAAAAGUUGCUCGCAGAAAAUCCAUGCUUCAAAAGGAGAACAGACACAAGUUGUUUGAAAAGGGCAGACAGUUUGGAUUGGCAGAUGUCAAUGUUCAGCUCUCAAAAGACAGGGGCAUUUCUCAACUAAAUGAGACAAGCAAAAUCUGCUCUCAAGAGAACAGCAGUGUAAAACAGAAACAAGCUACAAAUGCAGCCACCAGGAGGAUUAAUGAACGCAAGGAAAUGCUCCAGCGCUAUAAAGAAGAAAAGGAACUUCGAAAACUGAGAGAGCAGAGAGAGAAAGCAAAAAAGGGUGUGUUUAAAGUUGGGUUAUAUAGACCAACUGCGCCUGGAUUUCUUUCACUUGUACCUGAAGAUCCAGUGAUAGUGAAGCCAAGAGAGAAGGCAGCUCCUGCUUUCUCCGGGAGGAUUACUCGAUCAAAGGCCAAGAACCAAGAAGAAACAACUGCGAUACCAACUGCACCUAAGCACUCUACGGUCUGGGCCAAUGGGCAUAGUGUGCGCCCUACACAAGCAGGACAUAAGCAGAUGAGUACAGGCAAAGCAGCUGAAAAAGAGAAAGUGUUGCAGACUGCAGUCCAGACAACAUCAAAUGUAAGAAUCACCAGAGCAGCCUCCUCUGCAGCUAGGCAGAUGCUGAAAACAGCUACUGCUGCUACUACUGGUAACCAGUCACAGAGAAAGACAGCAAAUGUAGGAAAGCAGAAGAAAGCAGUCAAACCUGCCACCACGGAGGUAAUUCCUUCUAAACAUGAACUGGAUAAAAACGCUCGACUGGAUCCAGCGAUGAAAGAUUCUGCAGCUGAUUCUAAACAUUCAGCGUCAGUAGAGCUUCAACAGGAGCAGACCUCAGUGGAAAAUAAAACCAAUUCUGCUUCAGGGAGACCCAGAACACGUUCUUUUGCACCUCAAAACUUUGUGUUUCAGCCAUUAAGUGGAUUAGCGACCUACAAAGUUACACCCAUGACUCCUUCUAGGGCAAAUGCAUUUUUGACACCUGAUGCCUUCUGGGAUUUUUCAAAAUCUCCAGUUAAUAUAGUUGAAAAAUCCAGUGAAACUAAGGCACAGAAGCCUAAUUUAAGAAGUCAAAUUUCACCUGCUGGUAAAGGCAUUCAAGAACAGCAAAUCACUACAAGUUUGAAAGGAGAAAAAGCAAGUGAAUCAGAUGAGAAAACUUCUACUCAGAGAUCAAAUGAAACAACUCCUGUCUCUACAGAUGUAACAGCACUUGAAACAAAGACAGAUGAUAUAAGAGAGCAAGAGCAUGACGUGCCGUAUUUCAGAAAUAUUCUUCGGUCUGAGACAGAGAAGCUGAUGUCUCAGUGCCUCCAGUGGGAUGGAAAACUUGAGCUGGACAUCCCAGAGGAUGCUAAAGAUCUUAUUCGCACCACAAUUGGUCAGACAAGACUGCUCAUAGCAGAGAGGUUUAAACAGUUUGAAGGACUGGUGGAUAACUGUGAAUUUAAAUGGGGUGAAAAAGAAACAACGUGUACAGACUUAGAUGGAUUUUGGGACAUGGUUAAUUUUCAGAUCGAAGAUGUGAAUAAAAAAUUUGAUAAUCUGAGGAAGCUUCAAGACAAUGAGUGGCAACCACUUGAUGUCCCAAGCAAAGCAAUUGUCAAGAAAAAGACUAUUCCAAAUGGAGUGUCUAAACCAAAGCUGGGAGCGGCUGGAAGAACUGCUGCCCGAAACCGGCUUGCUGCUAUAAAAGCAGCUAUGAGGGAUAAAAUGAAGCAUGAGGGAGCUGCUGAUUGUACACAUCAGGAGAAGCUGCCAGAAGUAGAAAAGGUGGUUUUUGAAGCGGGAUUUUUCAGAAUUGAAAGCCCUGUGAAAACCUUUCCAGGCUUGCUUUCAAAGGCACCUCGGAGAUCUUCCCAGCGGACUUCUGAAAAACUGGCAACUCCAAGAUCAUCCAGUAAAGCUUUGCUUCAGAGCAUUCCUUCUGUUCUUCGUAACCCUGAGGAUACAACUGCAAAACAAACAACACCAGUGCUCAAAGGCUUCCACCCAGCACAGAAUUUGAAAAUGCACCAAUUUCCCACUGGAAAAACUCCCCCACUGGAAAAACUCCCUGGUGGUUUUCUUGAACAAAGCAUUUCCGUAGUUGCAGAAGAACACAGUCGUGUUGGUGGCACGGCAGAGGGAAAUAAGGUGCUGGAAGAUUCUAGCAGUGAAUUAAAAGUAAUAGAUGGCAUGGAAGAGAUGGAACUGUCUGCUGCAGAACAACAAGGACAAGAUAUUGUCAUGUGUAGUCCAGAGAAGACCUGCACAGAGACCAGCUUUGCUCAGUCUGGAGAACCAAAAAUACAUCAAAGAGAUGUUUUAUGUAGCGAUUUGACAUCCAUUGGCAGAAAUCCUUUUGAUAUGCCAAUGCUGGAUGCUGAGCUUCCUUUCACUCCAGUCAAGAGCCAAGCCCAGAAGUUUGCAGCAGCUGAAGCGUUCAGUGACCUUAUUGUAUUUUCUCCCCUUUCUCCCUCUGGAGAAAAAUGAAGAGUGACUUGAAUUUCAAAAUGUGUAAAUUAUAUUAACAGAAAACCACAGAGGAUAUCUGGAUUACAGUCUGCUACCCUUGAACUGUGUUCUGAGUGAAGGAAUACCUGUAGUACUUUGUAGUGGAACUUAUUAAAAUAUUUUGUAACGUUUUAUGGGGCAGUCAUUAUGCGCUGUAAGUACUGCUGUAUAUUAGUAGCGGGGUGUUUGCUGGUUACAUGUGCUGGAUCCAAUGAUUGCAUAUUCUGACUACAGCCUGAAAUAUUUUUAUUUUUGUAUCAUUUCCUGUAUUUUCCUGUCUACUUAAUUUGUAAAACCACUCAUCUUUAAGCUUUUCUGUCCUGACCGUACUUACCUCAUGAGUUAUUAUUACAAGAUGCCUAUCAGGCUAGCUGUACCUGUGCCCUAUUUCAGAUGCGAGGGCACCUUCUGGGGGUACGAC